UAGUUUUAUUCUAUACAUUAAUUUGACGGAAUAGGAAUUUUCAUGAGUACAUGUAGUAUGAUAAGGAAAUAUAAUACAGUGAUUAUAUAGGAUAUAUGUUUUGAGAGUGCUAUGAUAAAAUAUACAUAUUAACAAUAUUUCUCGUUAAUAUCGUGCAGAAUAUUGAGUACCAUGUUUUAUAAACACAAUAAUAAAUUGACUAGGCGGGCGUAAUAAAAGUUCAUCUUUAAGGAGGUUUCGGUGAAAGAUUCUGAUUCGAUAAUAAUGAACCUGGCGAGAGUCUAAACUUAAAUUUCGCUAAUUUGUUUCUACUAAUUGUUCUAUAAUUUCGUUGAUAUAUGCGCCAUAAAUUUAAAGAUAGUGACGGAUCAUGCUAAGUACCUUAAAUUGACAAUUAAAAUACUGUUUAGUAUUUAAAUACUGUUAAAAUACUGUUAAGUUAUCUAAAGAAAGCUGACGAUCACACCACGCAAUACUACCGAUAACGAACGAAUUAGACUCUGGUGCACCUGUUCAAAAUCCGCGUGCAGCAGCAGCAGCAGAAACAAACCCACCCCGAAACAGCGUUCUCGAAACAAGAAAAGUAGUUGUUGUGUGAUCAGUUCUGUAACAAGAAGUAAAUAAGAAGAGUAAAUAGGAAAUAAAUUUCAAAUCGAUAUAAAAUGUGGCGGUGUCUGCUGUGCCCAUCCGUUAGAAGUUCGUGCAACAGUGUAUGAGUUGGUCAGGGUUACAGUGUGUUCAGUGAAAUUUAGGGAAACGACGCGAAAAUUCUUUUCGACUCGUGCGUAAUUCUUACGAGGCUCGGUUCAACUAAAUUAACGGACCUUCCGUGAAAGUGCAUCGUAUAUUGUAAAUAAAUAACUACGAGCGUUUUAAUCGAUCAGUUGAGCGCCGGGUAAUCUUUCGCAGCCAUUUGUACAUAAAAGGCUCUGCGUCUGAUAUAUUUAAAGACCGUAGUCGAAGUAAAUUAUUCAAAAUGCAAUCCGCACGAGCCAAACAUGCCUUAAUAAGGCAUCGAAAUGUUCUGCAAGUGUACCAAAUUGCGUCAAGACUUUUCGCCAGCGAUGUCCAGUUCAAACCAAUCAGAAGCGUCCUCGUUGCGAAUCGAGGAGAGAUCGCGAUUCGUGUGUUUCGAGCAUGUACGGAACUGGGCAUCCGUUCGGUGGCGAUUUACUCGGAGCAGGACAAGAUGCAAAUGCACAGACAAAAAGCCGACGAGGCCUACAUAGUCGGCAAAGGGUUGCCGCCCGUACAAGCAUAUCUGAACGUCCCCGAAAUCAUCAAAGUCGCAAAAGAAAACAACGUCGACGCCAUUCAUCCAGGUUACGGUUUCCUCUCUGAGAGAUCAGACUUCGCGCAAGCUGUGAUCGAUGCUGGUAUCAGAUUCAUUGGCCCCACUCCGAAAGUUGUGCAACAAAUGGGUGACAAGGUCGCUGCGAGACAAGCCGCAAUAGAAGCUGGUGUGCCGAUUGUUCCGGGAACAGACGGACCAGUGACCACAUCCGACGAAGCGGUAGAAUUUUGUAAGAAACAUGGACUUCCGGUCAUCUUCAAAGCUGCUUAUGGAGGUGGUGGCAGAGGAAUGCGAGUCGUGAAACAAAUGGAAGAAGUACGAGAACUGUUCGAUAGAGCUUCGUCAGAGGCGAAGGCUGCUUUCGGUAACGGAGCUAUGUUCAUUGAGAAGUUCAUCGAAAGACCAAGGCAUAUCGAAGUUCAAUUGUUGGGAGAUACUGCCGGCAAUGUUGUUCAUCUUUACGAACGUGAUUGUUCCGUGCAACGACGCCAUCAAAAGGUCGUCGAGAUUGCUCCUGCACCAUUGUUGGACAUAAAAGUUAGGAACAAGAUGACCGACUACGCUGUACAGUUGGCAAAGCAUGUCGGUUAUUCGAACGCCGGUACCGUUGAAUUUUUGGCCGACGAUUCCGGAAACUUCUACUUCAUUGAAGUUAAUGCUAGGCUGCAAGUCGAGCAUACAGUGACAGAAGAAAUUACUGGAAUCGACUUGGUGCAGUCUCAAAUCCGUAUUGCCGAGGGUAUCACGUUACCUGAGCUAGGAAUGACACAAGAUAAAAUCAUUCCUCAAGGUAGCGCUAUACAAUGUCGCGUAACUACAGAAGAUCCUGCGAAGAGCUUCCAACCAGAUACCGGAAGAAUCGAAGUGUUCCGUUCCGGCGAAGGUAUGGGUAUCCGAUUGGACAGUGCGUCUGCAUUUGCUGGUGCUAUAAUUUCGCCUUACUAUGAUUCUCUUCUUGUCAAGGUGAUAGCUCACGCGGGCGAUCUGCAAGCAUCCUGCGCGAAAAUGAACCGUGCGCUUCGCGAGUUUCGCGUUCGCGGUGUUAAAACGAACAUUCCAUUCCUGCUGAACGUGCUGGAAAACCAAAAGUUCCUCAACGGAAAGGUCGAUACGUACUUCAUCGACGAGAACCCGCAGCUCUUCCAGUUCCACCCGAGUCAGAAUCGUGCGCAGAAAUUGCUCAACUAUAUAGGGUCCGUCCUCGUAAACGGGCCGAGCACUCCUCUGGCAACGGACUUGAAACCAGCCGACAUAAAACCGCACAUUCCUCAAAUCGCUUUAGACUUUGCUAAGCUUGCAGCUGCUGACGAGAACAGUGAUGCAGAUCUACCAGACAUUCUGGAACCACCGAAGGGUUUUCGUCACAUCUACAAGGAGCAAGGACCGGAGGCGUUCGCGAAAGCCAUCAGGAAACACAAAGGAUUGCUGUUGAUGGACACCACCUUCCGCGACGCUCAUCAAUCCCUCCUUGCCACUCGCGUGAGAUCGCACGAUCUUCUCAUGAUCUCGCCCUUCGUCGCCCAGAAAUUUAACAAUCUCUAUUCUCUGGAGAACUGGGGUGGCGCCACCUUCGACGUCGCCCUUCGGUUUCUUCACGAGUGCCCGUGGGAACGAUUGGAGGACAUGAGGGCAGCUAUACCGAAUAUCCCCUUCCAAAUGCUUCUGAGAGGCGCCAACGCUGUGGGUUACACUAAUUAUCCUGACAACGUUGUAUACAAGUUCUGUGACCUGGCUGUGAAAACCGGAAUGGAUAUCUUCAGGGUAUUCGACUCUUUGAACUAUCUGCCAAAUCUACUUGUUGGUAUGGAUGCAGCUGGAAAGGCCGGUGGAAUUGUCGAAGCAGCGAUUUCGUACACGGGAGACGUGAGCGAUCCAACCAAGACGAAAUACAAUCUGAAGUACUAUACCAACUUGGCUGAUGAACUAGUCAAGGCUGGCACCCACGUUCUGGCGAUCAAGGACAUGGCAGGAUUACUGAAACCAAAAGCAGCCAGAAUGCUGAUUGACGCAAUCAGACAGAAACAUCCUGACAUACCUAUGCAUAUCCACACGCACGACACUGCCGCAGCUGGAGUAGCGUCCAUGUUAGCUUGCGCUGAAAGCGGAGCGGAUGUCGUCGACGUUGCUGUUGACAGUAUGUCUGGAAUGACCAGUCAACCAUCUAUGGGCGCCAUAGUUGCAGCACUUGAUGGAACGCCGUACGACACUAAGUUCGAUCUCAGAGACGUUUCGGAAUAUUCCGCCUACUGGGAGCAAACGAGGACACUGUACGCGCCAUUCGAAUGUACGACAACCAUGAAAUCCGGAAACGCAGAUGUCUACUUGAAUGAAAUUCCCGGUGGCCAGUACACGAACUUGCAAUUCCAAGCUUACUCCCUUGGAUUGGGUGCAUUCUUCGAAGACGUCAAGAAGGCUUACAGGGAGGCGAAUUUGUUACUCGGAGACAUCAUCAAAGUUACUCCGAGUUCAAAAGUUGUCGGCGAUCUCGCUCAAUUUAUGGUGCAAAAUAAGCUCACAUCCGAUGACGUGAGAAACAAGGCUGAAGAACUGUCGUUACCGAAAUCAGUGGUUGAGUUCUUCCAGGGCGCUAUUGGCGAACCUUAUGGAGGAUUCCCUGAGCCGCUUAGGUCGAAGGUUUUGAAAGACAUGCCAAGGAUAAAGGGCAGACCCGGAGAGAGUUUCCCACCGCUAAACUUCGAAGCCUUGACAGCGUCACUGAAAGAAUCUCAUCCAACUGUCACGAACAGAGACGUAAUGUCGGCGGCCCUCUACCCUGAAGUUACCAACGACUUCUUAACGUUUAAGGAACAAUAUGGGCCGGUGGACAAAUUGGAAACCAGGAUCUUCUUGACAGGGCCGAAGGUCGGAGAAGAGUUCGACGUGACGAUUGAGAAGGGUAAAACGUUAGCUUUCAAGACACUCGCCGUUGCGGAGGAUCUUACGCCAAACGGCGAACGUGAAGUGUUCUUCGAGAUGAACGGUCAGCUCAGAUCUGUAUUUAUCAAGGAUAAGGAAGCCGUCAAGGAAAUUCAUGUGCAUCCAAAAGCUGAGAAAUCAAACAAGAACCAAGUUGGAGCACCAAUGCCCGGCACUAUAAUCGACAUCAGGGUGAAAGUUGGUGACACAGUGGAGAAAGGAGCACCGUUGAUUGUCUUGUCAGCUAUGAAAAUGGAGAUGGUGGUGCAGGCGCCAAGAGCUGGAAAGAUUAAGAGCCUCGAGGUUUCUCAGGGAAUGAGAUUAGAAGGAGACGAUCUAGUCUUGACUUUUGAAUAAGGUUCCCCUUUUGAAUAAGGUCUUUCCAGAGACUGGAACAUCUCUGAAAUCAUGUCGUUGUAUACAUUUUUGAGGCAAGAGUACGUUUCGUUUAAUUGAUAGUCGCUGGAUGUCGUUACUAUUUGUAAAUGGAUAAAUUUUACUGGUCUAAGAACUUGUAGAAAAUAGAAAUUGUACAUACUUUAGUUUUAAUCGAAGUUUGAAAUUUCAUGGAUCUUUUACGUUGAAAUUUCACGGCAUUACAAAUAUAGAAUUAUAUAAGGAAAGUGUCUUUUUAAAAAUACAUUUUUAUCUUUUCUUGUCUUUCACACACAUGUAUACUUUAAUGCGUCUUCUAUUUGUUAAAGAUUUGAUAAUAUUAACUACAACAUGUGAAAGUAGUAGUGCAGAAAAUUAUACACUGCCUUAUGAGAGUUAGAAAUGAAUGAACUGCCCAUAAAAUCAAAGAAAACAGUGGAAAGCUGUUUAAUUAAACAAAGGUGUGGCUCUUGAUCAAUUUCUAAAAGAAUAUUGCAUACAAACAGUCAGUUUAUCAUAUUAAAACUUUCAUCACGUUGUGUAUCACUUGCUCAAACAGUUCUGUGACAUUGUUAUGUAAUAUAUUUUUUUAUUUCAAUCGAUUCUUAAUCAUUCUCCUUAAUCAUUGCUUCGCGUGAAUCAUUUACUAGUAUUUAAUUUAAAGUCACUAGUAUACAAACUGCUUUUAAUUAAAAAUCAGAGGAAACCAUUCUACAGCUUGAAGAAAACAGAAAAUAAUUGUCAACUAGCGCAUAAUAAAAAAUUGAAAAUUUA